AUGGCGUUACGAUUCGGGCCCCCAAAGGCAGACCAAAGAGUCAUGCCAGCCAAGCCCACAAAGGGACAUUUCUUGUUCGCUCACCAGGAAUUCCAGCGCGUACCCUGGUGGAAGAGAAAGAAUAUGCGUACCCUGUAUAUCUACAUCGUCGUCCUCAUCAUGACUAACACAGCGAACGGUUUCGAUGGCUCCAUGAUGAACGGUCUCCAAACCCUUUCCUACUGGGAAGAUUACUUCAAUCACCCUCACGGCUCGCUUCUCGGCCUCUUUAAUGCCUCUAUGAGUCUUGGCUCAUUGCUCGGUUUGUUCGUUGUGCCUUACAUGAUCGAUACCUGGGGCCGUAGGCUCGGAUGUUUUGUUGGAUGCCUUAUCAUGCUGCUUGCAGUGGGUCUGCAGUCUGGCGCCACUGGCUUUGGCAUGUUCAUCGCUGCCCGUCUCCUUAUUGGAUUCGGUGACUGUAUCGUUCUCGGGAGUGCCCCACUCUUGAUCGCAGAAAUCGCACAUCCACAAGACCGUGCCAUUCUUGUCACGCUUAGUGCUGCUUCUUAUCACUCUGGGGCCUUCAUUGCUAGCUGGGUAACAUUGGGUACAUUAAAGAUUCAGAGCGACUGGUCAUGGCGCCUCCCAAGCCUAUUACAGGGCAUUUGCACCGUCGUUAUUGUGUGUGGUAUUUGGGUGAUGCCAGAAAGCCCUCGUUGGCUAAUGAGCAAAGGGAGACACGAUGAAGCUAUGCACGUCCUGGUCAAAUACCAUGGCGAGGGGGACCAAGAUGACGCAUUUGUGCAACUAGAGUAUGCAGAGAUCAAAGCUGCCAUUGAUCUGGAUAAGGAGAUUGACCAAACUCGCUGGGUUGAUUUCUUGAAGACCAAAGGCAACCGGGAGCGCAUCGGCCUGAUCACUGCACUGGGUCUCUUCAGUCAAUAG